UUUGUCUUCAGCUCUAAGCUUGCAACAUUGUGCUGCUGCAACAUAUGCUGAGUGUCUGGCUUCGUCUUUCAUCAAGACGAGCAAGUGCUUUCGUAAUACUCACAACCGGGGAAAGGGAAUUAUGGGAGGAUCGUCGGGAUCUUCGCCAUGUGCUUCCUGCAAGCUGUUGAGACGCCGCUGCUCCAAGGAUUGCAUCUUCGCUCCAUAUUUCCCACCCCACGACCCUCAUAAGUUUGCCAUUGUUCAUAAGGUCUUUGGUGCCAGUAAUCUCAGCAAAAUGUUGCAGGAACUUCCGGUGAAUCAGAGAGGAGAUGCGGUGAGCAGUUUAGUGUACGAGGCAAAUGCAAGGGUGAGAGACCCAGUAUAUGGGUGCGUAGGCACGAUAUCUUACUUGCAGAAUCAAGUGUCUGAAUUGCAGCUUCAGCUUGCAGCGGCCCAAGCAGAAGUUCUUUCCAUGCAAAUGCACCAAAAGCCACAUCUUGUACAACAAGAUAGGGAGACGUCUUUUCUCAUGGCUGGGGACAACUUCAACAGCGUUUCACACUAUAUUGCCGCCAGUGUAAUCCAGGAUCCUCUUAAGAGAGAGUCCUUUUCGACUUAACUUCUCUUGUGGUGAUUAAAAUGACAAGUUCCACUUGUUUCAGAGUUAUAUUUUUUUCCUC